AUGAGCCGUCCUGCUUCAACUGCAAAUCAAGAACCUCGAAGCAAGGCUACAAGGCGAAGACCGCCCAUGACCGUAGCUCAACUUGAACGGAAACGAGCCGGUGAUCGCCUCUCCCAGCGGGCCACUCGUGCAAGAACUCAACAGUACAUACAACGACUCGAGCAAGAGGUCCAGGAGCUUCGAGUUAUGACGGCCCCUGAGUCUCGCAACGUUGAUGGAAAUACGCUGCAGGAGCUUCACCUUCGCAACCAAGCUCUCACAGACGAGCUGGCGAGAUUACGGGGCCUCGCUGCGGGUUUAGGAGCGGCUUCAGCCAUUCCGCAAGUUACAAGUGGCAUGCCAGAGGCGACACCUCUGGCCCCGUUUGAUCCGCCGCUCGAACACGAGAUGCAGCCGCAGUCACAAGCAUUCAGCCCCUAUAUGUACUCUGGGGAAGGCUCAGCGCUCUCUGUGCAGCAGCUAUCAGUAACUUCCAAUGUGCCGAAUGUUCAACCCGCACACAGCUACCACAUCACAGCGGAUCAACCGCAAGAAUGGCUAGCGCCAGAUUUAGGGAGUGGCAAUACAGCUAUAAACUUUGGUUUGUCUGGAAGCAGUUUGACUUCGCAGCCAGCUCUAGGCACGCCCUCUUACUGUCAGAGCUGUAACUCUCAACAUACGACAGGUCUAAUCCAGUGUCAAACGCCAACUCGUGACGGACAACACGACCGACUAUUGAGGAACGAAUUCGCCUCUGAUGCAUCUCAACAGGUAGAUUACUUCCAAUUUAGAACCGAUCCGCCACCGCGAGCAGCGCCUGAUGCCAAGGACCAGAGCUGA